UCAAACGUCGCUAUUUAUAACAAUCUAACUUUUGCUUCCCUUCAUUCCCAUUAUAUCCCCAUCAAACAAACAAAAACGACCAAAACUAGGAAAUGAAGAUGAAAGGUAUGAUGAUAUUGGCUUCUUCUCUCCUUAUUCUUGCCUUCACUCAUCACUCAGAAUCAGCUUCAAUGCGGAGUUUACUGAUGAAGAAUGGAUCAUAUGAAGAAGAAGAAGAACAACAAGUUCUUAAGUAUGACUCCAUGAGAACAAUCACAAACUCUUCGGCUCUGGACUCAAAAAGAGUAAUUCCCACGGGUCCAAAUCCACUUCACAACAGGUAACUUUGAUAACUGAAGAACAAGAUAAUGCUAUGUGUAUCUAUCUUCUUGUGUAUUGCAGUGUUGAAUGUAUAAGGAGGAUAUUUCCUAAUUAUGUUUGAUUAAUUAUUAAUUCUCCUUUCAACGCUUCUUUGUUUGAUACUUGUAUUUAAAGUGAUUUAAGGAUACCAUAUGAAAACCAUUGUACUGGGGAACAAGGUUGGCUAGCUAAUUAAUGUAAACGACAUAUAAUUCAGAAACCAAACGUUGGAGCGAAGUGGAGGUUGAUUGUU